AUGUCACCACCCCCCGACGUGAUCGUAUCUGCGACUGCUCUGCCAUCAGCAGCACGACACGCGAUGCCGCAGGAGAUCGUACGUCUGCCAAACCGGGCUAGGCAUCAACUUCGCAGCUACCUCGCACUGCCCACACUCCCAGCAAUCCUCUCUGCGCUGGUACACAACGCCCUACAGGCUAAUCCUAAGCGCGUAGACUUGCAUCUGUGCAUCUCGUACGACGAUGUUGGCGCCACGAAUGGGUCUAGCAGUGCGGCUGGACCUCCUCCCAGUGUGGCUUGUGUGGAUGAUGGGGAUGGGUUUGAUAGGAGCUUGUUUGGGAGACACGUGUGGAGGGAAAGAGCGCCGAGCUUGCAUCAGAUGGCAAACGUCGGUACCUUGAGCAUCGCUACUGGCACUUUCGGCAACCGAUGGGCUUACGUGAGGAUGGUGAGCCGCGAAAGAUGACGGGAUGAUGUGCUGCGCGUGAUGUCUGAUACGCUGCAAUACAUAUUCACCGCAAAUCAGGGAGAUACCACUCUGCUCAACGGACCUGCGGAUGACGCGCUCAGUGCUGUGCACGUCCCAUCCACAAGAGCAAGAGGCUCCUGCGUGAGCGUCUCUGAUCUCUACGCAUCCGUGAGUUGAUCGGUUUCGCAUGGUGAUCCUUCUUUAUGCUGAUGCCCAAGUCUGUCAACGCUCGCUGAACGGCGUGCGCUACCAGCUGCCUGCUCGAAGGCGUGCACUACAAAGUUCUGCCUCUAGCACCAUCAACGCAUGUAUUCACAGUCUUGUCAUCAUUUCGCUCGGCUGGCCCGAUGUGCGUUUUGCUGUGAACGUGCAAGGGUCCAAAGAGUCCAAAUUGGUGCUGUCUAUACCUGCGGUGAGUCGUUCGUCUGCCCAAGCAGCAUCUAGUGCUGAGAAAGCCUUGGUCGGACCAUUGCUUCCUUGUCAGGCGAAAGACUAUGAGGAAAGGCUUGCAGCUGCUUUCAAGCUGGGCAAUGCGGCACCCUCGAUCAGAUCGGUGGAUAAGGUCAGGCAUCUCUCACCUCCCGACAGUGUGGCUUGUAGUGGAGCAGCGCCAAAGAAGCGACGACGUGCGAGCACGCAGCCUACGUUACUGGCUCUCGACGAUCCUACGGCGACGCUGAGUGUCAAUGGUUUGUUGCUGCUCAGUCCAGCGCCAAAAGGCUGCCAAGCAAUCUUUUUUGGCAGGCAACUCAUCGAAGUCGACUCUCACGAGGGCGCUGCUCUUCACGAGGCAGUACAAGCAGUCUAUGCUCGAAGUGCUUUCUCUACUUCUGAAACUCGCACAGCAAACAAGAAGCAGACGAGCCCAACGAAGGGCGUCCAAGCGCGUCCGGGAUACGUGCUGCAUGUUUCGCUCAGAGCUGGCAAGGAAUCGGCGCGGGCUAUGCAGCAGACGGCUUGUCAGGACGAACUUGUCGGAUUGGUCGCCAGGGCCCUCUCGGAGACGGUCGCGGAAGAGCUGGUCGAGUCGGGCCUCUUGACUGCAAAGAUGCCGAAGAGGGAGCGCACAACGGGUUUGAAAACUGGUGCAACACGCCCUGAUGCGACCAUGAGAGCCGAGGAUCAUCCAUCACCCAUCGUGCAGAGGCAUCUGUCCCGUCGCCCAACGUCGAAGAAGCGCAAAGGCUUCAGCGAACACCUUGCUGAAGCUUUCAAAGCUCGCAAUGCUGUUGCUGAGGCCAGUCAGUACGACUGCGACGUCGUUGAAGGGCAGCAUCUACACUGCUGCGAUUUACAACACGCUCAACGCGAUACAUCCGUGCUAAGCACCGCUGAGCCCCAUCAGGAGCUUAGAGUAGGCCAACAUUACCUCGUCGAUGAGCGCACGGGAGAUUCAUUGCCCGUCGACUCUGAGAAGAGGGUUCCGCUAGCGAUAAGAAAGAGUCGGAGAUUGUUAGACAGUGGCAGGGCUGCAACGGACUCGAGCUUGCCGGGAUGGUUGGAGGAAGCGAUGAGGCUUAGCAGGGACUCGACGUUGCCUGCCCCUGCGGAAGCCGACAUUCCAUGCGUGGAUUCUCUGGGGAGCGCGGAUGUUCCUAUAUUCAAGAGCACCUUUGCGGAUCAUCCUUCCCGACUUCCAGACAGAAAUGAAGGAAGCAGACCCUCAGGUCCGAACUAUCGCCUCGCUUCCAAGUUCUUCUCCCAGCGUGGAGCGUCAAAGGAUGGAAGCACGAUAUCGUCGCUGCGUGCUGCAGAUCUCACCAAAGCUCGCGUGCUGAAGCAGGUGGACAACAAGUUCAUUGCGUGCACCAUGCCCCUUCAGAAGGGCCAAGCGCUCGUCUUGGUCGACCAACAUGCAGCUGACGGUGCGCCUCCGUCCUGCUCCGAUGCUCCUCCUUUGCCCAGUCGGUUGCUGACCUUUUCUGCUCUCCCACCCUUUUUCGAUCAGAACGUAUCCGCUUCGAGCUGCUCCUACGCACGUAUCUUGAGCCGGUCCUAGCUUCGAAAGGCAAGCUAGAGACAUUUACGUUGCCGAAAGCGCACGAGAUGCGCUUGCCUAGCCGCAGCGUCGCUAGUCUCUGCGAGGACUCUACGUCUGUACAAGUUCUGGAAAGCUUGGGCUUCGGCUUUGGCGCGGGAACUGUUUCGACUGCACGCGGACCGACGGAUGAGCCGUCGCGAAUCGUGAGAGAGAGUCGAGCUCCAUCAGGAUCCACAUUGAUCAUACGCACGCUGCCAAGCCUUCUAAAGGAUCGUUUGACGGACCUGAAUACGCUGUCGGCUGCUUUGGAAGAUCUGGUGGACUGGAUUGAAGAAGGAGGUGCAGAGAGGUUGAAUAGGGCCAAGCAUCUGUUGGGGCGCAAAAGAGCGGUCAGAGAUGAGAGGAGUGGUGCGAGGCGCGAGGGCGGGGAGGAAGAGGACCAAGAGGAAGAGGAAGAGGCGUGGUUGACUGGACUUCGACAUUUGCCUCCUCGAAUCUUGGAGAUGAUCGCUAGCAAGGCUUGUCGAGGUGCGAUUAGUGAGUUGCUCUCAAUCAGCUCUGCUUCGGUAGCGGACGGCUCGACGCGUCUCUGCCACGAUUGUUGAGCUGAAGCGCCGUGAGACAUUCUUCGGUGAACAGUGUUCAAUGACGCGCUGCAGAAAGAGCAGUGCGAAAGAAUGCUGCAACAGCUCGCCUCGACGCGCUUCCCGUUUCAGUGCGCACAUGGACGGUGA